AUGAGUUUAAUUCAAACAGACUUUGAAAAUAGUUCCAAAGUACUUGCUUUUAAAACUGCGCACCAUCAUAACGAUGUUUUAGUGUUAGAUGCUGAUGUUGAUCCGAAAGAUGAAAUCAACAAAUCGGUGGUUAUAGGAUUUCUUGUGGCGAUUGUAGCAGUGGGAAUAAUAGUGAACAGCGUGGUGAUUUACUUAAUUGCAAGUGAUAGGAAAUUGCACCGCGCCCCAUUUUAUUUUUUGAUAUGUAUCGCGCUGAUGGAUUUGUGUAAAAGUGUGUUUUGCCUGCCAUUUGCUAUUGAAGUUGUCUUUCAUGACUUUAGUUGGCUUUAUAGCCAGGAAACUUGCACUGCUAUCGCCUUCUCAGUGUCUUUCUUCACAGUUUCCACAGCUUUGUGUUUCCUCAUUGUGGCAAUUGACAGGUACCUUUUCGUAUCUUCAACCCGAUUUUACCACAGAUGUUCGCACGGGCUGGUCAACCUGGCCGUUGUGAUUGUUGGAUGGGGUGUAUCGUUUUGUUUGUCAUUCCCUCCAAUAUUUGACAAAGAUGCCUUCAAGUUCAUUCCCGAGGAAAUGCAAUGCACCUUUUAUCACUUACCAUACCGCCAAAACGAAACUUUGGGCUACACAAUUUGUUUCAUCGCGAUUCUUGCGCUAAUAUUAUUUUUCUACACACGAUUGUUCUUCUUCAUGCGCGAAAGGCGGCGAAUGGCACCAUUAUACCACGAACCGGCACGGAGCUCCGACUGGGCUUUCUUUGGACUAGGUGCAAAUGGUCAAGCCUUAAUCAACCUUUUAAACGGAUUUGCAGGAGCACCAAACCCCUUGGCAGGAAAUGCAAGAAACAUCCAACAGAACUUCGGACGAGUUGUUAACCUUCGAGUCCUGAAAAACGAACACAUUUCCAGAUUAUUCUUUCUCGCAUCAACGGCCUUUAUUGUUAUCUGGAUACCGUAUAUAUUUCAAAUUUUUGUUAAAGUUUACAAUGAAUCAUGGAAAUUAUCACCAACUUUUAUCCUUCUAUCGACGAUGCUAACAUUUUCACAUGUAGCUGUGUGUCCCAUGGUAUGCCUGUUUUUCGGAAGCCCUUUGCGAGAGUCCAUGUUUCGGAAAGCCCAUACCUGUUGCCAGAGCGCUCCUUAUAACGACGUGCCCACUUCAGACGGUGAUGUACAAGAACAGAACAUCAGGUGUAUUGAACUUUCUGUAUAAUCCAUAUGUCACAGUGUAUUGAAUUUUAUAUGUGAUCACUAUUCCUAGGGGUAGGAACUACAAUGUAACGUCGCAUUUUCUACGUUCCCUUUUUUUACAAUCCAAAAAUCCCUACAAUGUAUUGCGAAAAUCGUAUCAGAUUCAUCAAGAAAGAAGUAUAUACUCCAUGGCACUGUUUUUAUAUAAUUCUGCAAAAUGAAAUGAAACUCGUAGCCAUUCAUUUAUCGGCAAACCCUUCGAUAUACCUCAUUUGACCAACAAAAGGAUGAUUUGACGGCAUUGUUUUUAAAAUUAUGCACACGGCCUUCGUAUUAAUAAAUUAACUGCUGUUUUCAAUGACGGCAUUUGAACAAUAUGAUCAAAAUAGUUGA